AUGGACACUCUCAUGAUCAAGGCUAAACCAAAACGUUCUUUCUGUUUUUCUUUCUUUUUCCUUUCUUCCUUUUUUUUCUGUAUCCUUCCUUCCUUCUUUUUUUCUUUCUUUAUUUCUUUCUUUCUUUUUCCUUUCUUUCUUUCUUUUUUCUUUAUCCUUCCUUCCUUCCUUUUUCUUUCUUUCUUUCUUUCUUUUUUUCUUUCUUUCCUUUCUUUAUACCCUAAAUACUUAUUCUUUUUUCUCUUCUUCGGUUUGUUAUUCUGCCAUUUCUUCCUCUUUUACUGUCAUUUCAUUAGCAAUUUUUCUAUCUUUCCUUCCUCUCCGUUAUCUCUCUCGUUUUCAUCUUUCUUUCUUUCCUUUUCUCCUAGUGUUUAUUAUUAUUAUUAUUAUUAUUAUUAUUAUUCUCUUUCCUUUUUAGCUAUUUCUUUUUUUCGCUCUUUUUCCUUUCUGUCUUUUACGUCCCCUUCUUUUGAUUUAUUCUACUGCUUUUUUUGCCUUUUCUUAUUAUUCUUUUCCGUCAUCUUUGUUCUUCUAUGUUUCUCCUCCUUUCUUUUUCUUCACUUUUUUUCUUUUUCUUCUCCGUCUUUUUGUUCUUUCUUUUUCUUCUACUCUUUUUUCCUUUGCUUUUCUUUAGUCUAA